GGGCUGCUGCAAAAGCAGUCAGAAUCGGAGAGCAGAGGCACUUUUGGUAGGAGAGUGAGGUGGUGCCUUUCAUUCAGGAAUUUAGCAGCAUGCCUCUCCAGGCUGACUUCGAGAGUAUAGCGGAAAAAGUUAAAAAAUUAAAGACCAGGCCCACUGAUGAUGAACUAAGAGAACUGUAUGGACUCUAUAAACAAGCCACUGUGGGAGACGUUAACAUUGAGUCUCCUGGGAUGCUAGACCUCAAAGGCAAAGCCAAAUGGGAUGCAUGGAACCUUAAGAAAGGUACGUCCAAGGAAGAUGCCAUGAAAGCUUAUAUUUCCAAGGCAAACGGACUGAUCGAGAAAUAUGGACUGUAGAAUUCACCAAGUACCUUCACUCUGAUUAGCUCAAAGACCUUGAGCAUUGCUAAUGUCCAGUCGAACAUUAAACUUUUAUCAUACCCAAGUUCUUUAAAUUGACACUUUAUUAUUCUGGUUGUAUUUGCUCACACUAAAUUUUUAUUGGACACCAA